CACCAGGCUUUGUGAUUUAUUUUGGUGACUUCAGCGAAGUACCGUUAGGCAGUCCGAAUUCCAUCGUCAUCUCCAAAUAUUUCCUUCAAGCAAACACCAAUUUUUCAAUUCGACAGUUCGUUCAGUAAAAUCAGUAGUACUUGGUCGAUUGUGAAGCUCCAUCAUCGGUGACCACCAUCUUCAACACACCAACGCGCACGUAAAGGAAUUUUUAUCGCAGAUUUAACUUACUAUGAGCAAUUCAUAUUCGCCCAUCAGUGUUUAGUCAUACUUUGAAGAUCUCGAAGAAAUUAAUACCCCUGUGAGUGCAGCAAAAUGACCGAUAAACGUAAGAAUUUGAAACUAGCUUUCAACCCGCAACAGACGAAUUUGAAUAUUGCCAAUGGAUACGCAUUUCAAAACCAACCUAUUUGGGUGGAAGAAGAGAGACGCCCUAGUCGAUCAUCUUUACCUAAAGUUCGCCCUUUUAGUCCCGAAGAUUUAACGGAUACUGCUAAAAAUCGUAGAUUGGCUGAAAGAACUAGGUUUAGGGAAAAGUUCAAACUAUAUCCGUGUAUUCAAACGACUGGAAAACUGCAAGUUUCGCCGGAUUCGGUUUACGAUUUCACCUGCGAAGAUUUACAAGAUCUCGGCGAAAUUGGACGAGGUGGAUUUGGCACCGUGAAUAAAAUGAUACAUAAGAAAAGCAACACUGUGAUGGCUGUCAAGCGAAUACGUUCAACAGUUGACGAAAAAGAGCAGAAACAACUGCUCAUGGAUUUAGAAGUAGUGAUGAAAUCCAACGACUGCCCUUAUAUUGUUCAAUUUUACGGCGCCUUAUUCAAAGAGGGAGAUUGUUGGAUUUGUAUGGAGUUAAUGGACACGUCGCUCGAUAAAUUUUAUAAAUUCAUUUACGAAAGACUACAAGAAAGGAUACCGGAGAUCAUUUUGGGUAAAAUAACCGUAGCGACGGUGAAAGCUUUGAAUUACUUGAAAGAGAAGUUGAAGAUAAUUCAUCGUGAUGUGAAGCCUAGCAAUAUUCUACUAGAUAAGAAAGGGAACAUUAAAUUGUGUGAUUUCGGUAUUUCCGGCCAGUUAGUUGAUUCGAUAGCGAAAACACGAGAUGCCGGAUGUCAACCGUACAUGGCUCCGGAAAGAAUAGACCCGAAUCGAGGCAAAGGAUACGACGUCAGAUCGGACGUUUGGUCUUUGGGUAUCACGUUGAUCGAAAUAGCCACCGGAUGCUUCCCAUACCCGAAAUGGAACUCGGUGUUCGAACAGCUGCAUCAAGUAGUCGAAGGCGAUCCACCUCGAUUAUCGCCAGAGUGCGAGAAUGGAAAUCGAUUUUCUCAGGAAUUCAUUAAUUUUGUAAAUACUUGUUUGAUUAAAGAAGAAACACGAAGACCGAAGUACAAUAAACUGUUGGAACAUCCUUUCAUACGUAAAAGCGACGAAGCCGAAUCCGACGCUUCUAUUUACAUCGGCCAAAUGAUCGGCGAAAUGGAAGAAACAGGCGCCAUCGAGUUCACCAUGAAUCUACCAUAACCCGGACCACAUCUUGGCUCCAGAUUUCGACUUUCGACUUACUUUCGUGAUUGGACGAUGUCGCUUUUUUCCCCGCAUUGAAACAUAAUGAUUAAUACCUACCUUUGAGCGCCAAUAAGGUUAAUUUUUAUGGUCUCAUAUGAACUGGUUCGCGAAUUUGCUGCGUCAGGUGGCCGAUCCGAUAGUUGUAAUCUCAUUGGAGUGCGCUUCUCUUCUACCCAGUCGAGUGCGUGUGUUGAAAUUAAGUUGUUGAUUAUUGUAAUAUUUCUUCUUUUUUUUGCGCUCUUUUUCUUGUUCUUUUUUUUUAAUUGUUAUUUUAUAUCGCGCUCGUGUUCGUUUUGUUAUUGGCUUGUUUCGUUUUUCUCUCUGUGAAAUGUUGUGAUAUUCGUCUCGCGUUCGUUGUGACACAUGGGUUGUUAUCGUCAUCCUGCGUAUUAAGAUUUAAGGUGGUUCUUCGUGACGAGAUUUUCAUCACUAGUAUACUCAAGAAGCUGUAAUUCCAGGUAAAAGUUGGCUUACAUUAGUGUUAUGUAUUUAAAAGUAUGUAAUUGUAACAGGCAGUGUCAUAAUGUGGCUAUGGUUUAUCCUGAUAAUAGUAGACUUUUACCCACUUACCUAAACUUAUCCGAACACUCCACAAUCUCAUGCCUCGAAUGAACUUGUGCUAUUUGAAUUUAGCUGGUGACCAGGUUUUUACUGUAGAUGAGACAAACAUGGAAUUUAAAUCUAAGAUGAAUGUUUUAGAAGUUGAAUUCUUUAUAGAGGAUUUAAACAUAAUAGCAAUAAUUUAAUGCUUAUUGAUUCAUUAUUUAGGUUUAUUCGGUGGUAAAUGCUAAAAAACUGAACACUUACUGAAUUUUCUCAAUUGUUGCUGACGCAAUGCCCCAAGCUGAUUUCUCAUAAUUUUCUCCAAGCUGACGCCGGAUACUAAAUUUUUUCAAUAGAAGCUAAUAAUAUGGUCUUGUUGCUGACGCAAUGCCGCAAGAGACUUGCCUACGAAUCACCAAAUAUUUAAUUAAAAAAAAAAAUUUUAAAAUGUGUUGGAGAAUCAAUUUUUUAAAUUGUAAAAAUAAAAAAAUCAAAAGCUGAAAAAUGUGUUUCAGUGCUCAUUUUUGGUUCAAUCUUAAUAAUUUUCAUUUUUAAUGUUUGAAUGUUAAGUAAAUAUGUAAACUCCUGCGACAUUAGGUAUUUUGAUGACGAUGACUCUGACAAUAAAAUCAAAUCAACAAAUUAAUAGUGAAUCAUUUUGAGAAUUACGAGCUUUGGCAUAAUUUGACUCAAUAUCAACCUGUAGUAGGACAAUUUACAAAUAUUUUGUCUGGCUUUUUGAGACUUUAUGUCUACAGUACUUUUAUACCAAAUUCAUUCUUUGUAAAUUUUUCAAAGAAGUAGUAUCAUACUUGAGUAUAUUUUCAAAAUGUUUCAACCAAAAAAGCGAAAUUUUUCAGGAACGAACGAAAUUGAACAGAACAAAAACAAAAAAAUGAAAGAACAAAAUCAAAAACCGAAACAAGGAACAUAAAAUUACAAGAUCUGAAACAGAAACGAAAAGUAAAGAUCAAAAACUGGAGAAGAACAGAAACAGAACGGAAACUGGGAACAAAAUUCCAGUUUUUCUGUUCUUUUUUGUUCUUUUCCGUUCUUUGUUUGUCUCUGGUUUUCAUCCAAAGAACGGAAAAGAACAGAAAAGAAUAAAAAAGAACUAAAAAGAACAAAAAAGAACAGAAAAACCAGCAUUUAGUUGCCAGUUUCCAUUCUGUUUCUGUUUUUCUCCAAUGUUUUGAUCUCCAAAAAAUAGUUCAAAUAAAGUUUCACAAUUUUAUCAGGGUUUCAAAUUCAAAUUUUGUUACUAGCGUUGAUAAAAAUGAGAAAAAGUAAGAAAAAAGCAAAAAGUAUUACCUGCAAGUACUAAUUACUUAAACAGAAAUAUAAAAAAAAUAAAAAAUCUGAAAAAGAACAAAAAUUGAUGAGAACAUAAAAGAAUGGUUCUCAGGAACAGUUCAGAACUGAAAACGGAAACAAAAUAUUUGUAUGAACAGAACGGAAACAGAGAACAGAGAACUAAAAAUCAGGGAACAACAAGAACGGAAUAAGAACCCAGAACCAACCAGUAAAGAACGGAAACUAAGAACAAAAACUGGGAUCAAAAUAUACUGAGAACCAAGAACCUAACCGUAACAAAAUCAUUUAGUUCUAACAACCCUGAAUUUCAUAACUUCCUCGCAGAGUCUUUGAAAUUGGGGGGUAUAAAAUUGUAUGUGAGCUUGGGGUACUUCAUAGUCCAAAAAUUCGUUAAAUUCUUUUCUACUGUAUUCUAAUCGAGGACAUUUGACCAGUAGGUGGAAUGAUGUUUCUUCAGGGGGUUCACAUUCACAAUCACAGGUUUGGGAGUUGUGUUUGAGACAGUAAUUACAGGGACAAAACUUUAGACUCUUGUUAAUGACCUAGUUUUUUGAAAAAUGUACAAACGAUAGUAGUUACCUUAUGAUUUUGAUAACGGCAAUAUUUUGUGUCAUGCAUAUUAGUUUGACAAUGAGAACAACAUUUUUCAUGUUCUUUCAUUUUAUUAAAUGGAUCUUUUAAUUAGAAUUUGAGACCUUUAUCAACUGCGGUAGAGAAAUCUACUAAAAUUUGGGAAUUCAGAUAAUCCGAUAUUCUCUGAACACUUCCAAAAAUUAAUAGCUUGAAAUAUGAGAAGAGAUAAACGUUCUGAAUAAUCUUUAAAUGAUUCAUUGUUAUUUUGAGGACAAUUAAUAGGUAAUUCUUUUGAUUAAAUCAUGACUCAAAUACCUCUUAUUCAUGAAUACUCUUGAACAUAUUUCACAUUUCAGAGAACAAGUCUUUUCAUGCAUCUUUAAGUCACAUUUCUAACAUUUGAUGUAUGCCCCAUGAAUGUUUGCCAUGUGGUUCUGAAUGUGAUGGAACCAGUUGCCACAUUGCUUACUAAUUAUUGCUUACACUGACCUUGGGUCAGAUCCUCAGAGUGGGCUUUUUGGUAUCUAUUCAAAUUUGACUUGUUGGCAAAUGCCAUCAAACAUUUUGCACAUCAAAAUGGUACUUUUUGAUGUAUUUUUUUCAUAUAUUCUUAAUUUUGCUUUGGUAUGGAAUAAUUGUUAACAACCAUUUUAUUUGCAUGGAUGCAACAAUUUCCCUUUCUUAUGAAUGAUUAUGAUGUGUUUUUGUUGCACAAUGUUGAUCUUAUCAUUUUCAGUACAUUUGCAAAUGGGAGGAUCAUAGGUGCCUUCCAUCUAUUGCAUCCAUAAUUAAUUGCCUCGGCUGAAUUAAGGCUGGUAUUCAAUAAAAAAUAACUAAAAUUAUUGAAAUAAAAAUUCAUCUUAAAUAAUCAAUAUAAAAAAAUUCAAUUUCAAAAACAUGAAAAAUAUAAAAAUAAUAAUACAAAAAUUUACUGAUUUUCAAUAAUUUUUACAAAAAAUGAUAUUAAACCCCUAAUUAUUGAGAAUUUUAUUACAACUUGAAUAAUUUUAUUAUCAUACAUUCAUUCUAAAAAAAAAAUAUGUAAGUCCCACUUCUGAUAAAAAACAAAUCACCAGGUUUUUGGACCAAAAUGAGUGUGGAAUUUGACAACUAUCUAGUAAUGUUUGGGUGGGAAAGUAGAAUCUGUUCCACAAAAAUACUGAUGGGAUGAAUAAUGUUCAUGAAGAAAACAGUUUACUUGAGUGCCAUAAACAUGAAAAUAUUCUCCAGCUCUUUUUUUUCCGAUUUUAAUAACUAAUUUUUUUUUCAAGUUUUUAACUUUACUUUUAAUACAGGUCGGAUGAUGGGGAAUACUCCCACUCACGGAGGGCGUCAUCCAUACGCCACGUACCAUGUAGGUACAGCAGGAUUUCUUCAUGGAAACUGUGUAGAAUUUCCCAACACUGAUGAAUUCAAUAAACAUGAAAAAUCAUACAUUAAUUAUUUCUCGAUUGCAUAAUAGAAAGUGACCAUUGAAUAUGGUUAGUUUAAGGAUUUUUGAGCCGUUAAAUAUGCCCAAGAAAUUGUACAUUUGCAAAUAUUUUCAGAUUUUAAGUAAUAUCGCUCUAUCCGACGUGUAUGAUAAAAACAUAUUACAGUCAGAGUGUUUAUAAUUGUGUGCUAAAAACAUAUUACAGUCAGAGUGUUUAUAAUUGUGUGCUUUAAUAUGCGCAUUAAAUAACUUUUUGACUGCAAUCCAAUUACUUUUUUAGAUACUCCAGUUUUCAUUAAAAGUUGUCUAUAUGCAUUGAUAGAUUUUGCUCCUCUUGACAUAAUUGUUUUUUCAUAUAUUUCUUCAUUGUGUGUUUCUGCUUCAGCUUCAAUAUUUGAUGUGAUUGUGGCGAGUACUAAGUUUUCAUUAUCAAUAUAGGUGUCUGGAUAAAUCCGUUUUUUAACUGCUUUCCAGAAUGUUACCUCCUACAAAAAUACAAUUGUACAUGAAUAAAAUUGUUGAUACCUACCUACAUUUAUCAUUGUUUUACCUUUUAUCGUUAUUGGAACUUACAUUAUCAGAUGAUUUGGUAUCGAAUUUGGCUAUGAUUUUGAGUAAUUCUUGCUGUCUACCAAGGAGUUCCGGGGUAACAGCAUCAUUUGCGUAUGCGAAAGAAAUAACUUCUCUAAAGUAUUUCAGGAAUUUUAUGAAUAAUUCUGCAAUUGAUGCAGAAGCCCGUCUUGCCAUUUCUAAAUAUUCUCUUUUCAUUUCAAAAAAACGUGGGUCCAGCAUCUGAAUUUUUUAAAACAGAGCAAUUACAUAUGUAAUUUCAAAUUAUUUCAAUUAAAUAUAGGUAUAAGGGAUAUUCCUAAAGUAAUGAUGUCACGUUUGUAAAUUGAUCAUUGAAAUAUGUAAUUUAAUUCAAUUAGCUCUGAAACACACGAAUACUUACAUACGUAUUCAAUUUCUCUAAUUAGUUUAGGAGAUGAACAAUUGAACAUGAUUUUCUGAGAAUGAAACAUUCGGUUCCACCAUCUUAGAUAAUGGGUUUAUUCGUAUCACAUGUACAAAAGUACAUAAACAUAGUAUUAGUAACCUGCAUGCCAUAAAUACAAUUAUUAUUCAUUUUUCCAAAUGAUUUUGGAUUAGUGGGGUUUUCUGAAGUUUGGACUUCUUUGGCCUCUUGUUCCUUCUUCCAUUUUAAUUUAUGGCAAUUUUCAAUUUCGUGUCCUUCGUCUUUACAAUAUUUGCAUGUUCUAUUUGAACUUUGAAGAGAAUGAUUUGGAAGAGGAAUUAGUAUUAUUUUUUUGAUAACACUGUUCUUAUUAAUGACCUAGUUUUUUGAAAAAUGUACAAACAAUAGUAGUUACAUUAUGAUUUUGAUAACGGCAAUAUUUUGUGUCAUGCAUAUUAGUUUGACAAUGAGAACAAAAUUUUUCAUGUUCUUUCUUUUUAUUAAAUGGAUCUUUCAAUUUAAAUUUGAGACCUUUAUCAACUGCAGUAGAGAAAUCUACUAAAAUUUGGGAAUUCAGAUAAUCCGAUAUUCUCUGAACACUUCCAAAAAUUAAUAGCUUGAAAUAUGAGAAGAGAUAAACGUUCUGAAUAAUCUUUAAAUGAUUCAUUGUUAUUUUGAGGACAAUUAAUAGGUUAUUCUUUUGAUUAAAUCAUGACUCAAAUACCUCUUAUUCAUGAAUACUCUUGAACAUAUUUCACAUUUCAGAGAACAAGUCUUUUCAUGCAUCUUCAAGUUUUUCCACAUUUCAAACAUUUGAUGUAUGCCCCAUGAAUGUUUGCCAUGUGGUUCUGAAUGAGAUGGAAUCAGUUGCCACAUUGCUUACUGAUUAUUGCUUACACUGACCUUGGGUCAGAUCCUCAGAGUGGGCUUUUUGGUAUCUAUUCAAAUUUGUCUUGUUGGCAAAUGCCUUCAAACAUUUUGCACAUCAAAAUGGUACUUUUUGAGGUAUUUUUUUGCAUAUAUUCUUAAUUUUGCUUUGGUAUUGAAUAAUUGUUAACAACCAUUUUAUUUGCAUGGAUGCGACAAUUUCCCUUUCUUAUGAAUGAUUAUGAUGUGUUUUUGUUGCAUAAUGUUGAUCUUAUCAUUUUCAGUACAUUUGCAAAUGGGAGGAUCAUAGGUGCCUUCCAUCUAUUGCAUCCAUAAUUGAAGACCCCGCGGCAAAAAGGGUUCAGCUGAAAUUUUUAUGAUUCUGAGAAAAUCGCAAAAAACGUGUACGCCCAAAGUAUAUCACAUUAGGAGAUGAAAACUGUACUAAAAGAUAGUUUUUGUAAUGACAAUAACAUUUAAGAAAAAAAAAAAAAAAUUCAACACACCUCCUAGCAACUGCACGCUCAAUGUGCAGCUGAACCCUUUUGCACCUUUUCUGAAAAUCGAGUAGAAAGUUUUUAUACGCGAAUAAAAAAUUAUUUAUGAGCCAUUGAAUGCAUAACGUUUGAUCAAAAAGGUAUUACGAUAUCAAAAUAAUGAAAAAUAUCGAAAAUCAGUACAUUAUGAAUCACUACAUUACAAAAAUCAGGGAUAGAAAGCUUUGUUCAUUUGAACUCAUUUUAACACUCAAUAUACACAAUAUUUUUAAUGAUCAUAUUCCAACUACACAAAAUUUGACCAACGAUCAUUUUUUCUUAUCAUGUUCACACAAUUGUUUACAGUCGGGGGUAAAAAGGGUUCAGCUGCAAUUUCAGCUGAACCCUUUUUACCCCCGACGGAAACAAAAUGCCUCGAAACUCCGGUAGGAUCGCUUCAAUCGAACUUUGUGAGUAUACCAUUCGACGCGGAAGGUAAUUUUACAUCAGAAUCCGUCAUUACCUAGUAAAUGUUAAAAACUGCAGCUGAACCCUUUUUGCCGCGGGGUCUUCAAUUAAUUGCCUCGGCUGAAUUAAGGCUGGUAUUCAAUAAAAAAAUAACUAAAAUUAUUAAAAUGAAAAUUCAUCUCAAAUAAUCAAUAUAAAAAAAUUCAAUUUGAAAAACAUGAAAAAUAUAAAAAUGAUAGUACAAAAAUUUACUGAUUUUCAAUAAUUUUUACAAAAAAUGAUAUUAAACCCCUAAUUAUUGAGAAUUUUAUUACAACUUGAAUAAUUUUAUUACUAUACAUACAUUCAUUUCUAAAAAAAAUAUGUAAGUCCCACUUCUGAUAAAAAACAAAUCACCAGGUUUUUGGACCAAAAUGAGUGUGGAAUUUGACAACUAUCUAGUAAUGUUUGGGUGGGAAAGUAGAAUCUGUUCCACAAAAAUACUGAUGGGAUGGGAUCUUCUAUCCCAUCCAUGAAUAAUUUUAAAAAAAUAGGAGCUAGAGAUUAAGAAAUAAUAAGAAUUUUGAUUUUCUACCUGUUGAUCUUCUCCUUCAAUUCUGUGUGAUCUAAGCCCUCUUCCUCUAAAGCAUCCCAAUCCAUAAGCGGGACAGUUCUUGAAUAAAAUUAUUUAUUAUUUAACCUUAUCUAUUUGUGAUUAAGUUCUAAUUAAAAUAUUUAUUUAUACUCUUACUUAUGACAAGACCUAAGCUCAACGUUAUCACGAUUCCCCACAUUUUCUUUAGAAUUUGAAGCUUUCUCAUCAAAUUCUUCACGCGCAAACACUGCCCUAAAAUUGAUAUUUUAUUUUAUGCCAUUUUAAUUAAAGUUAAUUCAAGUUAACAUACCUCAUAGCAAUUCCCUUAAAAUCAACAUCUAAAAUUGCUACUUCCCAGAUAUUUAUUUGAAGCAAGCUUAUUACUAGGUCCUAUUGAGGAUGCAGUGCUCCAAUUCGCUAUCACAUAAUCUUCUCUAUGCACAAGCCAAAAUAAGUGGUAGUUUGGGGAAUUUUCAACCUACAUUAUUUCUGUUUAGAAUUAAUAUUCUAUAAUCAACUUUUUCUUCUUGUUCCGGGGGUGGAGUUUCUAAUGUGAAUGUUAUAAUGAGAAGGACAAUAAUUAGGCUAAAUCCACCAAAUAGGAUUUUAACAAAAUUAAGGAAAUCACUCGAGAACAUGUUUUUAUUAUGUUUAGUUAGAGGAGUACUCAAACUAGUUUGAUUUAUAACUGUGGGUACCUCAUUGUAUGUAUCUACAUUGAAACGGAUAGAAAAAAAUUCAAUCAAGUAGUUGUAUUUAUUAGUUAUGAUUAUUAUUUUGCAUAAUUCUUUAUAUUUGAUUAAUUUGUUUACAUAAGAUUCUACAUUAAGUCUGAACUCUCUUAUCAAUUGUUGUUUAAUGUAUGGUUCAAUAUAUGUAUAAGUUCCAUUCAGUUUGGGUUUGAAUAUUACGUUCGUUUAUAUAGUGUAAGAUAAGAUAACGUCUACUAUAUUAUUUGAUUUAAUUUUCAUUGAGAGGUUGAUGUUGCUCCAUUUUCUCAAGUAAUACCUCCUGGGUCUAGGUUAUGUUGAUAAUCUCUUUAUUUAAAACUGCUGAAGAAUGGUCCAAAAGUUUUUGAUAACCUUCAUUCAAGAACUGCAAAUGUUACACUUUGAACAAUUGGUUUCAUUAUCAUUAACAUUUCUUUUAUCCAAAAUCUUGAGUAAGGAUCUUUGACUGAAUCAUUAAAGGUUAGGUUAGGUAAUUUGCAAUAAUUGAAUCAACUGUUUAAAUAAUUUUCUAAAGCAAAAGUUUGAUUUGAUGUUGAUAGAUUUAAAUAGAAAUUAUUGCUUCCUGAAUCAUUUUUUAUGACUGCAUAUUUGAUGGCAGUAUCUCCCAGUAUACUAAUAAGGUCGCAGCACUCCUGAUUAUGCUGAUACAUAAUUUCAUGGAUAAUCUUCUGCACUAAAACUUUGUCAGCAAUUUGUUUUAUCCUUGAAUGUAGUUGCCGCUGUCUCCUUUGGUGCACAUUCUACAAUUACACAAAAACAACUCCCUAAGUUACUUGUUUCAAAUGUUUGACUGCCAAUUUUUCUUUUUUCAAAAAAGAAGAAUAGUCCACAUUGAUUGGUUCCACAAUAUUUUAAAACUGAAAGAUAAAUAUAUAGGUACAUACUUAAGGGGUAGAUUGUGAAUAAAAUCAUCAAAAAAAAAACUGUGUUCUUUGAACUAAAGUUACCACUUAAUAAUUUUCUCUCUUUAAAUACAAAACAGAUUCUUAGAUGUCCAUCUUUGCGUAGUGUCUGUGGUAUUUGGAACAUAUAUCACACUGAUUAACCAGAGAUCAGGGUCCACACUCACAUUAGUGAUCGUCAAAUGCAAAUUUUCACACAUUGUAAAUCUUUUCACAUGAGGGUGACAUUAGCCAUUUUCAUCUAUAAUCAAUAUUAAUGUUGACCUAUCAUCUUGGGGUAACAACAGUUACAGACUGCCAGACUUGGCUUUGCAAAUCACAUAUUUCUGUGGGUUCACAAACACAUUUCUGUGGGUUGAUAAACACAUUUUUCAGUGUUUUUGCAAAAUUUUGUUAAUUUCUUCAACAAUUUUCCGCUUUAGUUUCUCUAUGGACCUCAGAGCAAAGUAAGUGCUGGUAUGCAUUAUUCAAAACAAUCAUCCUAUCUGAGCUGUGAGCGGACCAGGGUGCACAGCCAUCUCAAAAGCAGCAGCUCCUAUAAUAUUAUAAUAUAUGUAUUUUUAAGUAAAAAAAAAUUGAAAUUUGAUUGUUUAAAUAUUGAAAAAGCUGUGGCUCUCAAAAUCGACGAGAAUGUUAGUUUUUUUUUGUUGUAUUGUUUGGACAAUUGACCCUGGGACUGCGGUUUAUUUGUCUGUUUGGCUAUUAACAAAUCAGCAAGUUUUUUGCCGAUUCGGCUACCUCAUCUUUAACUGAGUUUGUGAGAUUGAUGGCAAGCUCCUCCAUCUCCAUAAGAGAUGUGGAGAUCCCAUCUUUCAUCUCUCUCUUGAUAUUGCCACUAUUUUUCAACAGAUUCCUACACGUUUCUAUACAUUUCAGCAGUUUAUCUUUGACCUUGGUUGCCAAGUUUCCCUUGUAGGGGGAAGAAUUAUCGACUUUUUGGGCAAUUGCCUCUUCUGGAUUUAUUUAUAAAUAACAUAAGGUACAUAUUAGAAACUCGUUGGGAAAUGACAUUCAUGCAGCAUGUACCAAAGUUCUUCCUGUUUUAUGGCUCUCAAUACAUAUUUAUGUAGAUAUACUGCAUCAUAUUUUCUAAAAAUCUUCCAACUUGAAAAAAUGCAAUAAAGUUAAUGAGCCACAAAUUCACAUAAGCCAUUCCUUCAUUAAUUCUAGUUUUUUUCCAUUUACUUAUUCAUUUAUGGUGGGUACCUUGCCCUGCAAUGGUCUGAAGGAAGGGCGUUAUAUGUGCAUACAAAAUGGUUAUAAAAAUAUUUUUAAAAAACAUAAAAAGUAACAUAAUUAUGAGAAUUAUUUUAUCCCAAGGAGGAAAAAGAAUAUAAGAAAACAGUGAGUGCUAAAGUUUUUUGACAUGAAUGAGAAGCUACAUUGCCUUCCAAAGCUCCUGUGACCAUAAAUCAACUGGUCAGUCAAUUAGAAAUUUGUUUACUGUUAGUUACCUUCUCACUUUCCUACUACCUGCAAGUAAACAUUUGUCUUUCUCAUCCAUGUUACAUUUCAUUAUCUCUGAAUGAUAGGAAAAAACAACACAGUAUAAUAACAUUCAAAGUAGAAUCUGUUCCAUGUUUAUUUAGAUGAAAGUUUUUUGUGGGUCUUUGACAUUUUUAGGGAAUAACGCUUCUAUACUGGUUUCUGGAAGUAAUUGAAUGAUAUGUAUAGCACAUUGACGUGGCAGUUUAUGUGUAGCGGGGAUGGUAUGCAAAUUGCUUAUAACUUGAGGCCAUGCUUGACUUAAUUGUGCUACAUAUAAUUUCAAUUGGACAUCUCAAUGGCAGAUGCCAUGGAUUCCCUUAAUUGCCUUGAUCAAAUCAGUGAAGUUUUGGGCUUUCGAAAUAGUUGGAUAUGUGCACGUUCAUCAGUCUUUCUGCUAAUAUGUCGAUUUCUUUUUCACUCUGUGUACUUUCAGCAUCUCAUUCUCUGACUUUGAUCUCCCUGAGGUGUUUUAGCAUUUCAUUAAACUUGUUGAACCACGCAUUCUGUUUCGAUAGCACCGCUCUUUUUGAGUCAAUCCAUUUGAAUACACCCUUGUGUGGCAAAUGCUAUUUGCUAUUUGAUUUUUCUUUUGAAUUUCUUAGGAAAUUGAUGCCAUUUAACAUUUUCAAAUGAGACACUAUCACUAUGAGUUUUCAUGCAUUUCACUUCAACUUUAUAUUAUUAGUUACAUGUAACUACAAACUUACAAGAUGGAGAGUUUGUUGUAAACACUGCUCACAUCCCAUGUGGCCGCAUGGAAAUGUGGCCUGUCAUCUCCUCCGAACACACUUACUGAGGCUUGGAAAACAUUGUUCUAUAAAGAAACAAAAAUGUAUUGUAUAAAUCAUACAUAUUAUAGAUACUUAUGUAGGUGCUGGUAUGCAUUAUUCAAAACAGUCAUCCUAUCUGAGCUGUGAGUGGACCAGGGUGCCCAGCCAUCUCAAAAGCAGCAGCUCUUAUAAAAUUAUAAUAUAUUUUUAAGUUUAAAAAAGAUUGAAAUUGGAUUGUUUAAGUAUUGAAAAAGGAAGAAAUGUUUAAUGAGUACUUACUUGGAUAUAAAUUAAUAUAAGCACUUAUUUAAAGGCCAUUUUUCAAUGCCCUGAAUUUCUAUUCAAACUUCCAGAUUUGGCAAAACUACCCAAAAAGUUGAUUAAAUUAACAAAAUUCACAAAUCAACAGAAACAAGUUGUAAGAAAAAUUAUCAAUGAAAUGGAAAAUUAAAAUAUUGUGAUCAAAAAAUUAUUAUCAAAAAAAAAAAAACGGAGAAAAUCAACCGCAAAUUUUCAAAAACAGAGUUACUUAAUCAAGAAAUUAACAAAACGGAAAAUUGAAAUAUUUCAAUCUGAAAAUUGUCAAUGAAAACAGAUAAAAUAGACCACAAUAAAAAGAACUAUGUACUGCAAAGAAUUUCCAGUAAAUAAUUCGUUUUAUAAUUGUAAAACAUAAAACUAACAGUUAAUAUAACAGUCAAUAAUAUACUUGCAAAAUUUAAUUUGCUGAAUCGUCAAUUCAGCAUUUUAAAAUCGUAUGGCGCAGCAAAACACGCAUUUUUACAGGAAUGAAUUAACAAUUAGGAAGAAAAAUAAAUUUGAGUACAGUUAUUUUUUCCAAACAUUUCUAUUGUACCUACCUACCUACCUACCCACCUACCUACCUAUGUUAUAAAAAUUCAUUGGCAAGUAUGUAGGUACCCUACAAUGAGGUAGUCUUCAUUUUUAUGUCUUUCAUUCAAGUCAUAGUCUAUAUUUGGUAGUCCUUGAGUGUAGUUGUACAAUAUCAAAACCAGCUUAUAGCACUAGAUAAUUAUGAAUCAGCAACUAAAAAUGUAAUCUAUUACAAUUUUUGUAAAAAUUAUUAGAAACAUACUAUCACUGUAGUCCUCUUCAGAAAAAAGCAGGAGGUAGUGGCCGAACAUAUAAGCAACAAAAUUUUUACUACUCAGUAUAAAUUGUAUACAUUCCUUAUCUACAAAUUCAAUUAGUUGCAUUUGCAUAUAAUUACACUCACAUUAUUGCCUGUUUCUCUGUUAAGCACCCUGACAGCAGCCUAUACCAUUAGGUGCUGCCUGCACCAAAAUGGCCUGCGAGGCAUUUUUUCAAAUGGGUAUUUUAGCAAAAGAAAAAUAGGGCUAUGACUAUUGACAGCGGACAACAUACUCUUACAAUUCAGACCUAACCCGCAAUUAGUGGUAGGGAGGAAAAAUUGCUUGCUAUACAAGUCUAGUACAUAUGACAUUACUUUGUGAGAUAGCCGUAAACUUUGUAGUAUCAACAAAGAUGCUAGCAAUGGUGUUCACUGUUUCCUUGAUGGAACAUUUUGUUUAAGGAAUGACAUAUAAAAACUACACAUUGGGUAUGUGAGAGGUUCCCUGCUCAUGAUUCUCCGUUACCUCCGUUCUGGUGCAGGGAAAAAUGUCUCAAGAUGAUUUAACUCUCCGCCGCUUGUAUAGAAGAAGUUGAGAAUAGCCAGUAUGUGAAAAAAACGCACAUCACCUGUCACCAUGUGCUCCUCAUAUAUCCUAUUAUGUGUCUUCAGGUCAUGGCCCAAAAUAGCUGAUAACCUGCAAGCAGAAAUUUUUGAAUAAUUGUAUCAAAGAAGUUGAGAAUAGCUGGUAUGUGAAAAAAACGCGCAUCACCUGUCGCCAUGUGCUCCUCAUAUCGCACCUCGGGAGUAAUAAGGUCACAUCUAAAAAAAAAUUGAUUUUGAUGUUUUUGCAUUUUUGGGGUUUGUAUGACCCCCCCUCAACCAAAAAUUACACUUUGAGUUGGGUACAUUAUCUAGAUCUUGUAAAAAACGCAAAUGGCCUAACUCAAAAUCUCAACAACAUUGCAAGUUGUUUGGAGUUAUAAGGUCACAUCUUGAAAAACUCCACCUUUUUUGAGCAAAUUUCGUACAUACAAAGUGUUAACAAACAGUUUUGAUUGUUUUGAAUGUUUGUCAGUUAGAAAUAGUCACAAGGAGUGCAUUUUUUAUUGGUUUGUACCAAAUGGAAAAUUUUUUUUAAAUUGAUCACUUUUCAGAAAAAUGAAUUUGCACGUAUCAUGAAAUUUUAGUUUUUUGAGAAAAACUCAAAAACUAAGCACUCUAGAAAAAAACAAACGACAUUAUGUCGAUUGGAAAUUUAAUUCUCUACAACUUUGGUAUCAUGAAAUUUUUUUUGGACGCUUCCUUUCGCCUCCACAUCAACUUUAAUGAAAGGUUAUAACUCAAAACUUUUUCCAAACAUUGACAUAUUUCCUCCUCAAGAUUGUAUUUUUCAAAGUGUUCUUAUGCUAAAUGAAAGUAGGAUACCAGAUCUUUAAAAUGAGGUGCUAUUCAUUCCUCACAAUUAAGUAUAAGUUGAUAAAAAUAAUGAAUCAAGUUUUUAAAAAAAAGAAAAUCACUCCUGUAAAAUUUCACUUUUUUGAGAUGUGACCUUAUUACUCCCGAGGUGCGAUAUAUCCUAUUAUGUGUCUUUAGGUCAUGGCCUAAAAUCAGGGAUAACCUGUGAACAGAAAUUUUUGAUUAAUUGUAUCAAAGAAGUUGAGGAAAGCUGGUAUGUGAAAAAAACUCGCAUCACCUGUCGCCAUGUGCUCCUCAUAUAUCCUAUUAUGUGUCUUUAGGUCGUGGCUCAAAAUAAGGGAUAACCUGCGAACAGAAAUUUUUGAUUAAUUGUAUCAAAGAAGUUGGGAAAAGCUGGUAUGUGAAAAAAACGCGCAUCACCUGUCGCCAUGUGCUCCUCAUAUAUCCUAUUAUGUGUCUUUAGGUCGUGGCUCAAAAUAAGGGAUAACCUGCGAACAGAAAUUUUUGAUUAAUUGUAUCAAAGAAGUUGGGAAAAGCUGGUAUGUGAAAAAAACGCGCAUCACCUGUCCCCGUAUGCUCCUGAUAUAUCCUAUUAUGUGUCUUCAGGUCAUGGCUCAAAAUAAGAGAUAACCUGCAAACAGAAACGUUUGAUUAUUUGUAUUGAAGAAGUUGAGAAUAGCUGGUAAGUAUGUGAAAAAAACACUCAUCACCUGUCACCAUGUGCUCCUCAUAUAUCCUAGUAUGUGUCUUCAGGUCAUGGCCCAAAAUACCGGAUAACCUGUGAACAGAAAUUUUUGAUUAAUGAUAUGUACAAAAAAAAUUAAAAUAAAAAAAAGCCAAUAACAACAACAACAGAAAUAUUGUGCAUUUUACUAGGAGUUGUUUAGGCAAUGGGGUCACUCCACCCCAAUCAGUGCUUGUUAAGGUCCAUUUUGUCUUGGUAGGCGUCUCAAUUAUGACAAGGCGUCAUAAAAUUGAAUACAGAAUUUUAAUUAUGCAUGAAAUUUGAGAAAUAUGCAGAAGUAAGUAUACAAAAUACAAGGAAUAUUGAAUAUUCCUGUGAUUGGUGGGCAGAAAGCCGUGACCAGUUAGUGAGCCAAGCUGAGUUAGAUUUGCCAGAUAGUUCUGGGUUUCAUUCUAACCCCAAUGGGCUUGCCACUGAUUUAUAAACUGGGCAUUCCCUCUGUUCUCCUCUGGCUUCCUCUGCUUGGAAAAACAUUGUUCUAUAGAGAAACAGAAAUGUAUUGUAUAAAUUGUACAUAUAGAUACUUACGUAAGUGCUGGUAUGCAUCAUUCAAAACAAUCAUCCUAUCUGAGCUGUGAGUGUGCUGGCAUGGAUUCACCACAAUACACUUGAGUGCGUCCAGGCAGAUCUGGCAGUUGACGAUGCUUGGAGCAGGUGGAAGCUGCAAUGGCACUGGCUGAAAACCCUCAACUGCCUGCAGGGCUUCAGCUUCAGCACCCUGAAAGGCCUCCAUUUCCGGAUCCUGUCCAACCUGAUAGAUAACGUCUGGUGAUUGAAAGUCGCUAUCAAAAUUACUAUCCAAGUCACUGUCCCGUAGGCCUAUAAUUGAAAAAAAUUGAGCUUUUUGAUUUAAAAUUGAAAUUUUUUAUUUUUGAUAAAUUUCAAAGGAGAAGUAUCAUUGAGCCCAUUUUUUUACACCUCACUGUUGUCUAGUGUCUACCUCUAACUUUGCAAAUGCUUGGGUAGCUUCUAACAAUGCUUCAUUGUAGGAUCACUAAUGCUUCUUUUGGAAAUGCAUGAUCUACUUUCUACUAAGAAAUAACUUUUCCCGCAUUUAUUACAAUCUAUCAUCAUAGGUUUGAUGGAAUACUACUUUCAGAGGUCAUUUUUCUUGUAAAAUUUUUUGGUUCAUCUGUGUGGAUUUGCUCAAGUAAUUUGGGUACUGUACAGUUGAUGAAAUAUUAUUUUUAGGCAAAAUAACUUUUUCUUGUUAUUCCUGGGGUGGAGUUUCUAAUGUGAAUUUUGUAAUGAGAAGGACAAUAAUUAGGCUAAAUCGACCGAAUAGGAUUUUAACAAACUUGAGGAAAUCACUCCGGAACAUGUUUAUAUUAUGUUUCUAGUUAGAGGAGUACUCAAACUAGUUUGAUUCACAACUGAAGGUACUUGAUUGUAUGUAUCUACGUACAUAGAAACAGAAAAAAAUUCAAUCAAGUAGUUGUGCUUAUUAGUUAUGAUUAUUAUUAUUAUCAAUUCUGAAAAAAAAAUUCAUCAUAAAAAUGUUUCUCAGAAAGUUGACAAACUUCUCACCACCACCGCAGUGAUAUCAAUUAUUAAUAAGAGGAAAAAAAUUACCUAGCUGAAUCUAUAUAUCAAUGAUCUGAUAUAUGUAGUUCUUGUGAAUUUUCAUCAGGUUUAAUUAAAAAUCUUAGGCACAUGUGCCCAAUAAUUUUUUGAGCUGGUAUUGAUUGUAAAUGAUUUUUUUUUUUUACAAAAAUAAUUUUAAAUUUCCAAAGGUGGUGGUACAUUUCCUAUAGCAGGGUGUCUAACAGGUACUGCAGGUACUGCAAGUACUGUAAAAGUACUGCAUUGAAAUCCUCGGUACUGCAAGUACUGUAAAGUACUGCAUUUUGCCUGAAAAGUACUGUAUUUUUUCUCAAAAUCAUUGAUUUAAAAUUUUUUAAAAAACCUCAAAAUGAAUUAAUUGGUGAAAAUUAAAAAAAAAAAAUGUUCAUUUUGUACCUCAAAAGAUGCAUGGUGUCCACAAACCUGGAAAAGUCAGGGAAUUUCGUAAUUUUCACGCGAAAUCCCUGGAAUUUUGAAAAAACGAUCAAUUGCAAAUUUCAGAUAAGGACCUGUUAUGAAAGGAAAACAUUAUUUUACUUCUCGAACCACAAAUUUUCAAAAACGUUUGCCCUCGCUUCGUUCGGGCUUGUUUUCUUUUCUUUUUAGACGGCCAGAUGGACAUUUCUAGAUAAUAAAAAUCAAAGUUUUAAAGCCAAAAAAUAAACUCACGAAAAAAACAUCGUUUUUAUGCAUCUCAAAGUACAAAUUUACAAGAGCUUUCGCCCUCACUUGGGCCUGUUCUGUUUUUUUUUUCAAAAUCAACGUCCUUUAAAAAAGCAUCAUUCAAAUUCUAAAAUUUUAAAAGCCAAAAAAAACCUACUCGUUCUCACAUAAAAAACCUCGUUUUUAUGCCUUUCGAAAUGCAAAUUUUCAGAAGCUUUUGCCCUCGCUUCGCUCGACCUUGUUCUCUUUUUUUUCAAAAGUAGUUAACUUCUUUCAAAAAAACAUCAUUCCAAUAUUAAAAUUUGAAAAAUCAAAAAAUAAACUCUUCUCAUUUAAAAAAAACACGUUUUUAGGCAUCUAGAAAUGAAAAUUUUCAAAAGUUCUCAGGGCCAAUUUGUUUCUCAAUUUUAAGAUGAACAAAUUUCACAUUUUGAUGCCUCCAAAAAUCCAUAAAAGAAAAGAAACAUUUUCAAAAGUUAUUACAUAUGAAUAUUGUAAUCAAUUAGCCAAACUUGAUGCAUGUUUUAUUCAUUUAUUUAUUUAUUUUCAAUUUAAAAAGUUAAUAAUCAAAGUUGAGCUGUUUUUUACAUCCGAAGAAGUAUCCGGUUCGAAGAGAAGCUUAUAAAAAAAUACACCCCCCCCCCCCAAAAAAAAUUGUUUUCUUUAACCAAAAGUAUGGGAUAAGCACAGAAAAUUGAAAAAAAAAUAGUCUGGAAAAAUGGAAAAAUUGGUCUGGAAGUGGAAAACCUGGAAAAGUCAGGGAAAAUCAUUUCCUGAAAUGAGUGGACACCCUGAAGAUGGACUUCUGUAAUUUUAAUUUGUUUCGAUUGAAAUACUUAUAAUUUUAGCAACAAAUUCCAACUGGUUCAAAAAUAUAAUUUUUUCUUGGGGGGGGGGGGGGGGUCGGUGUAAGCUGGAUUUAAAAAAAUAUAUGGUAAUGCAAAAAAUACUGUAAAAGUACUGCAUUUCUUCGGAGAAAUUUUGUUAGACACCCUGUAUAGGAUUGUGCCAUAUAAUAAUAUUUAAAACAUUAUGUAAAUUUAAAUCAAAGCAGGUUCGCAAAUUCCGAGGAUCUUUUCAUUUUAGACUUUGAAUGAAUGUAAUAACUUGAGUAGUAUCAUUUAGUGCCAUAUAUUCAGAAGCUGAUGUCAACAUCAUCAUUCUGGAUUGUUUUCUGGUAAGCCAUUCCACUAGAUCACCAUACGUAUAUGUUACUGUUAAUGUGUUUACUCCAGGUAAUGUAUGAAAUAACUAGUUAUUUCAUACAUUAACAAAAAAGUACUUAAUGUAAGUAAAUUGUUCACAGUUUAUCUAGGUAAUGUAUGAAGAAUCUAGUUAUUCUAUGAAAUAGCUAGGUGUGAUCAGUUGAAUCAUGAAAAUGAACUGUUCAAAAUUAUUUUACAUAAUUACAAAAAUACAGUUUUGAGCAUGAUUAAAAUUUGAUUGGUGACGAAAAGUUUUGAAAAUUGAAAAAAAAAAUUAUCGGAAAUGAAGAAAUAUCGGCCAAUUUUAAAAAAUCCUCUGAUUAGAAAAGUCUCAAAAGUUGAAUACGAAUAUGUAGAUGUUUUCUACAUUAUUCCACUUCCCUUUCUGUGAUUUCAAACUGACACUUUUUCAUUAUUUUGCUUGCCCACAGAAAUGAUUGAAUUGAGGUAGGUACUUCAAAAUAGUCAAAAAAAACUGCUGAUUUCAAAAUGCUAUAAGACAUGUCAAUUUUAUUUUUUUCCAAAACAAAACUUUAUGGGUUUAUAUCAAAACAUGGACAUUUUUGAGUAUAAAAAUCGUUGAUUCCAUUUUUUCAAAAAAUUUUGGCUGCCCCAACUUGCCCUUUAGCGACCCCCAAAAAGAAUAUUUUCGUACCCAUCACGAAUUUAUCAAAAUUUCAUGUUUUGCACCACCCCCUCCCCCUUUGAGGGCUCAUUUUGAGGUUGGGGGUAAAAUAAAUGCCGAAAUCGACUUCAGCGACCUAAAAAUCCCCCAUAUUCGAAAUUUUACGGAUUUUAUUCAUUGAUUUCACACUUUAACAAUACACACCUCGUGUAUAUAUGAAAUAACUAGGUAAAGUGCAUAAAAAAUUCGAUUUCACACUUUCUCAGGUAAUGUAUGAAAUAACUAGUUAUUUCAUACAUUACCUGGAGUAAACACAUUAACGGUAACAUAUAUAUGACACAUCCAGUGGUUUUGCAUUGUCACACAAGUAUUUGAUUGAUUGUUCAAUAUUCACUGUAGAGGGAACGAGCGUGUCAAGGGAUCCAUUGAUAAAAGAUAUACUACCACUACCAUCCAUUUCAUCCUUUGCUUGAAUGGGUUGAGAAAGUGGGAUAGAUGUCUGGGAUGAUGCCAAACUUUGUAUUGAAGAUGACGAUUCUCUAUUAUUACGAGCCUGGGCUGUCCUUUGGGGUGUCCCAUCUCUGUGUUGGUGAGCCCUUCCAUUUGUGGAUGUGACGUUUCCCUUAUUGGGUGAUAGGUGUAUAAGUGCCGGACACUUUGACGUUGAGCGCUGGUGUGUGAAUGUUCCAUCAGCACAUGCACGCACUUCACGAAAUUUAUGGCCCUGGUAGACGUAAUGUACCACCAUUAUGGCAUAAAAGACACACAGCAAACAGUUUAUAUAAAUGAUAACGUUUUCGAAGUAUUCAUUAGAAAUAUACACCACUAUCUGUACGCAAUAAGAGCACUUGAACACAGAAACACACGUCUAUAUUCAUUCGCACAUUCAGCUCUUUGGGAGUUGGUUUGUUGGUCAUAUACGUGUUUCAUCACAAUUGGUAACAUUUUGUCUUCAGUAAUUUUACCAGUUGUAAGUAGUCCGAAAUAACAUGACAAGGGUUGAUCUACACACUCAUUGGUGGCAGUCAUCCCUAAGGUCACAAUUAGGAAAGCUAAACACAACAUGGUUUCUUAAAGGUGGCUUAAAAUACUGUGAAAUAAAGAUUUAAGUUUGUUUAAAUAUCUUUGGGUAUUUGAGACACACUUUUAGUUAAUGAGGACACUCUUUAGAAAAAUCGCAAAUUCGAUAUUACUCAAAAACUAUGCUUUUUUGAGCAAAACACCAACACCCACACAAUAUUUAGAAUUAAAUUCUGUAUAAGUUACAAUAACAGAAAUACGCACUCUUGCACCAAAAAAAGUUCCAAAUUUGAACUUUUCACAAAGUACAUAAUUAGGCCUAUCAAAAAAAUCAUGAUUUACAGUUCAAAUGAUCUAUACUCAGUACUCACAGAUUAUUGACGUACAAAGUUACAUCUCCAUCACAUAGGACCACACUGCAACUUUCACUUCUAUAUAAAAAUUAGUAUCAGUAUAUUUUCAACAUUUAUCUUAGUUUAUUUAGGCCUAUCUAAAAAAAUCAUAAUUUACAGCUAAAAUGAUAUUGUUAUAGAACACAAAAUUGAAAAUUAUUCACAAAAAUUCUAGUAAUAACACUGAAUAAUGUGGCAGGUGAAUAUUUCCUUAGGUUCUCCAGAAUAACUUGACAAUUUACCUGCUUAGUUUUCUUAUUUUUGCUCUAAGUAUAAUCUUUCAAAAAAAGUUGUUCCAACUGUCUAGGAACUAUUCUGCUCUUUAUGAGAUAGGCUAUUGUUAGAAUAACAUUUAAUCUCGAUACUAAAGUGACUCCCUUUGAACAUCCUGGGAACUAAACUUUUAUCAAAGCAGUCACUAGUUUUAGCGGAACAAAUUUUGAGGCUGUCCCCAACAGCCAGUAAUAUUUUUCUUUAAAAAAAAAAACGGUGUCCCUUGAACUAAAGUAACCACUUACUUACAAACCAGUAGCAAAUUAAGCAAAAAAACAAGCAUAGAGACUUCAUUUUAUGUUUAUGAAACACUUUUAUUUUUAAAACUUUUUUGACUGCAGAUCACACUCGAGAUUCAGAUGAAUGAAUAACAAGUAUGAGUGAUGUGACAUAGCAUACGCAUAGCGCUGUGUACAUAAGUACCUAUCAAAAGUUCAUUUUCUGAGAUAAAGUGUGGUUUCCUCAUACAAUCUUCUAUCAAUAUGCUUACACUAACAAUAUCAGUUGUGAUGUCCAGAAUUUCGAUAUCAGUGUUUUUGUGGUAGAGUUUAUCAUUAUUUAUUUAAAUUAUUGUGUAUUUAAUCAGUUUUCAUAUGGGCUGAGCAGUAAUGCGUACAUGUUUUUUCUCCCCAUUAUUUCUCACACAUUUGCUCGUUCAUUUUUAAAAGGUCAUUGUUUAUUUUCAACUGUCUUCUUAGAAAAAAAUCAGAUGGAAAAUAAUAAAAUUUUUCAAUUUCUUACUAGUACGUGUAUGUUCUAGUAUACAUUUGGGUAGUUACCAUUUGAACAAUUUGAGAUAAUUCUGGUUUUCUUACAAACCCCAAUGUACAGCAGCUCCAUGUGUAUUUUCUGGAAGAUUAUCUGUAGGUGACAAAUAAAGUAAUGCUGGCAUGACAAUUUCUGAGAAUUCUAUGCUUUUGUUUCGAAACAAUAUUGCUAUAAAAUAUAUGCAAAAAUGAUGAAAAUGCAUAGCAAAAUCAAGGGAAAUGAAUAUCAUAUCAGUGCAUAAUUAUUUGGCUUUUCAAACACAGAUUUUUUACAAGUUCAUUUUAGUAAUGAAUAAUUUAGCCCAUGCUCCAAAAUCAUACUUUUUCCUUGUGAUGAGCGAAUGUGUGAAUGUCUUGAUUUGAAAGAGGUGCCCAGCUUCAAUGUAUGAGUAAGUAGGGUGGCGAUGCGAUCUUGGAGAACUUCCUGUGCAGGUACGUUUACUUGUAUAUUGUUUCCGUUAUUGGCUAGGUUCAUCAAUAGCUGCGCUGCCGCGUGGUCUUCCAGAUUUAUUUCGUUGUCAUCGUUGUUAGGGUUCUCGAUUUCCAAAUCAUCUUCACCAUUGUCUAUUUCAAAACACGCCCGAAGAAAUCAUUAAUCCCUUCCCAUACUCCGAAGAAGUAGUGUUUAUAAAACGCGCGAUGGCGGCAUUCAUGUCUGUAAGGAAGCUCUGGCUCAAGUCGAGUGACUUCAAAGAGAAGUUACUUUUUUGAAUUCACCCGCAUCUGUGAAUUCUCAUUUAGGUUGAAGUUAUGUAUUCUGCUGUAAUCUACUAUUCCCAAAUCAACUGAAACUGGGUUUAUACGUAAUACCUUACAUAAUUACAGUUUAAUUGUUGGUAGGUUGAAAAUGAUAUAUCAUAAAAUUGAAUGACACAGCUAGUGAUUGGGGUUAAGUGGCUGGUGCACCAGCUGCGCUCCCAUGCCAUGGGCUUGCCACCGAUUUAUAUAAACUAUACGUACAUUCCCUCUAUUCUCCUCCAGCUUCUUUGGAUUCGAAAACAUUGUUCUAUAAAGAAACAAAAAUGUAUUGUUUUAAGUAUUGAAAAAGGUAGAAAUGUUCAAUGAGUACUUACUCAGAUAUAAAAAUUAAUAGAAGAGGAAACUGAGGUCCUUUUUGCUUUAAAAUCAUGUCUGUUUUUGAAAUCGCAAAGAAAGUAAAGAAACGUACGGAAAUUUAUAAUAUUUUUUUAAGUGAUAAAAUUUACAAAAUUUUAAAACGUAAAAAUCUGAAAAUAAGCGCUCUACGAAAGUUUUACGCAAAGCUCGUUGAGUACAUGUGGAAAACUUGAAAACCAAGAAAUUUUCUCCAGUUCAUUUCAGUGAGAUUUUGGAAUUUUUUCAUUUUCGAUUCAAUCACAUCAAAUAUUGUUUUGCAAAAUGGUUUCUGAACCGCAAAAAUUGGUAUGACGAAGAAAUUUUUGUGCUUGAGAUGAAUUUUUUGUCAUUUUUGCUGGAAAAAAUCUGUAUUCGGUUUUGCACAGGUAAUGCUAAACAAAAUAAAAGUACAAAGUUGAAAAAAAUAAUGGAGCCAUGAAAAACUUUUUUAUUUCGUAAUUACUAUUACAAAAAAUUGUUCUAAACAAACUGUAAUGAAAAAUAAUCUCAAUUCUAAGUACAUACAGGAGAAUAUAAUAAUUCCUCAAUUAGCCACAAUUAUGACCUGCCUGAAACUAAUAAAAUUAAUAUAAUUUAUAACUUUUAGUAGUACCUAUGUUGAUGUUUCUGUAAGUGUUUUUUUGAAAAACAUGUAAUAUGUAUCUUGUAUAUUGCGAAGAACCACCUUAAUUAUAGUGAUUCUUUUUCAGUUGCUGUGCUAUUCAUGCAUUGUUGAUAAACACAAUUUUUUCUACAAUAUUUUUUUAUUUGUGUGAAAUCAAAAGUUGAAUAAUCAAAAUAUGUCACAUGUUCCAAAUUGAUGCAUUUUUAUAUCUUAAUACAUACCUACCUGUAUACCCUUUGUGUAUAAGUAUAAUAUACAUAUGUAAAUGAUUCAAAGUACCUAUUUUCAUUAGAAUCGAGCUUAGCAAUUUAUAUACCUGGUGUUUUUUUUUUGAAACACCUAAAGCUUUGAAUUUUAUUACACACUCGCAAACUGCGUUUCUUUUUCUGAUUUUCUAAUUUAUUUGUAAUGUCCUUGUUUUGUAACAGAUUUACCAUUUUUUACCUAAAUAUAUAUUUUUUUUUGGAAAAAUGUAAUAUUGUAUUGCUAAAAAUUACACCCAUGAUGUAGGAAAUGGAUCUUUGUAAAAAAAAAAAAAAAAUACCAUCAAAUGAAACGCAAGUAAUAUAUUGGUAGAUUUUUAAUUGUUUUAUAAUCCUGCAGUAUUUUUAUCUUGUAAUAAAAUGAAUUAUUACACUGUU